AACGUAUCACAAAUCUCUCAAGAAAAUCUUGACCACUCUGCCGAACAAACGGUUGGCACGGGAUUGUUAAUUGAAACUGAAGCUACCUCACCGGAUGCAGCAACGGAUUUGCAGUUGAAUCGGAAGUGUUGUACGGUUCAUCAAGCGAACAGGACAUAUGAAUGUUGUGGCAACAUACCAGAUGAUUUAUUUGAGGCAGAGGAAAACCCACUUACAUUCAAAUCAGAGUACGAAGAGGUCGAUGAGCAGUAUCAGCUGCAAACGACGAAUGAUGUUUUGGAACAGAAUAAGUUCAAAAGCUCUCUCAAAAAGUACCAUUGUCCUCAUUGUUCCGCAACAUAUACAGCUGCAAACAACUUAAAGAUUCAUAUACGAACUCACACUGGCGAAAAGCCAUACCAGUGUAAAGUAUGUGACAAAACCUUCAAUUCACGAUGCCAUCUGAGAGAACAUUCGAAAAUUCAUAAUAAGGACCAACAGCAUCAGUGUCCUCAGUGUUCAAAUACGUUCGCGCAGUUUUCCAAAUUGAAAAACCACAUCCGCACUCACACCGGCGAAAAGCCAUACCAGUGCAAAGUCUGUGACAAAUCCUUCCAUGCAUCAGGCUAUCUGGCAGUACAUUCGCAAAUUCACAACAAGGACGCAUGGUGUCAGUGUCCUCAUUGCCCUUCAAAAUUUCGCAGUUCAUCACACCUACACACUCACAUACGCACUCAUAGCGGCGAAAGGCCUUAUGUGUGUAAAGUCUGUGACAAAACCUUCCAUUCAUCAGGCAAACUAUCAAUGCACUCGAAAAUUCACAAUAAGGACCAUAAGUGUCCUCAUUGUUCUUCAAUGUUCCCAAGUUCAUUUAAGCUAAAGAUUCAUAUCCGCACUCACACCGGCGAAAAGCCAUUUCAGUGUAAAGUCUGUGACAAAGCCUUCCAUUCAGCAAAAUUACUGGCACAACACUCGACAAUUCACAAGGAACACACAAAGUACCAUCAGUGUCCUCACUGUUCAUCUAGGUUCACACAGUUAAGUAGUCUAAAGUAUCAUAUCAAUAUUCACACCGGCCAAAAGCCAUACCAGUGUAAAAUCUGUGACAAAGCGUUCAGAUCACCAACCGGAUUGUUCGAACAUUCUAAAAUUCACAAUAAGGACCAACCGUAUCGAUGUCCUCACUGUUCAUCAAAGUUCGCGCAUUCGUCACACCUAAAGAUUCAUAUCCGCACUCACACCGGCGAAAAACCAUACCAGUGUGAAAUCUGCGGCAAAGCCUUCCAUUCAACAGCAUUACUG